ACCCAGGUAACUCCACUGAUGUUUAAGGCAACUGCAUUUAUGUCUGAAACUGCACAGGUGAGCGUUCACAGGAUCGUAGUUUAGGUGAACGACCUUAUUCUUCCACCUUAUUCUUUGAAGAUCCUUAAAAGCCUGAUAUUUACUUCUAUUACAGUAAAAUCAAAGAGGAAAUUGUUAAGAAGCAGGUACAGAAUUAAAUGCCAGAAUAUUUGUUUACAUUUCAUAGUGUGUUUAUGAGAGCUAAAUGGGAAAAACACUGCUAUAUUUCAUACAGUAAGGCACCGGUUAGUAUAAAGGUAAAAAUUACUGCAGUUCCUUCUUGAAUCCAUCUAAGAGCACAGCUGUCUUAACCACACUGUCUUUUUUUUUAUUAUUUUUUACCUUGCUGCUCAUUAGAUAACUAGAACAGUAAGUCUACCAGCCCGUGACUACGGAUACAGUUACUAUAGUAACAUUUAUAAACACUAAUUUCACUAAACAUGCAGAACUACAGCCUGCUACUGCAGAGAAACAGCUUACAAAGUUACUCUUUCACUGCAAAUAGAAUGACACAGGAGGAAAAAUCUCAGAACAAACAAAAUCCACCUGAUUUUGAACUUUCCGGAGAUGAGGAAGAUCACCUGGAGAAGGUCACAACAGCACCCAAGAACGAUGAUUCCAAGCACAUUUUUUGCUCUGCAUGCCAACAAACAAUAUAUCCGUACCAACUUCUUUAUCAUAAGAAGACACACAAAGCCCUAAAUUUGCUGGGCUUUGACAGCCCUCAAACAAAGACUGACAACAAAACACUUUUGGCUCAGAGACAGAAACUAAUUUCAAAAUUGACCAAGAUUCCUAAGUAUUCCGAGGCACACAGGCAGAAGAUUGAUUAUUCAUUUGAAUUCCUUACGGAUAAUCACACUCCUACAUCAUAUUGUGAUCUUGCUAAUAUUAACAAUCCCAGUACUUUUAAGAAAACAAGUAAUGCUUUAAUAAAAGCAUUAUCAAUUUGCCAAGAUAAAAAUUCCACAUGGCAGAGAGACAUGGAAGACAGAUUUAUAGUGCUUGACAACUAUGGAAACAGGUCAGAUACGUGUUUUCUAGGCUUAGUUGAUGGCUCUCAUGGUGUGACAGCUGCAGAAACAGUUGCAGCAGAGCUUCCACUUUUAUUUCUUGACCAGCUUGCUCAAGUGGAUUCCUCCUACAAAAAGAGUAAGGAUGAACAGCAAAUUCUAGAUUCUUUUGCCACAGUACUCAAGGCCGAUUACAGGGAAAAAGAGAGGAUUUUCUCUGAUAAACCAGGCAAUGACAAGACCGACAAGACCAACGCUUAUGAAUGGAUUCACAAAGCAUAUGCCAAGUCCUUUUGGAGAAUGGAUAGACUUUUACAACUGGGAAGGAAUGAGGUUUCCAAAGUUCGGUGGACUGGCUGUUCAGUGGUUACCUGUGUGGUAGAAAGAAUCCCCAGUGAAGAGAUACAUGGCACUCAAGAAGAAGAAAAUAAACAUUAUGAAAACAACAGGCAUAGUCCACCAGCCAAGACAGCCAAAGGAGUUGCUGGGUUACUGCACAUUGCUAAUAUAGGUAACGCACACGCAGUCUUAUGUAAAAAUGGAAAGAGUUACUGCCUCUCAAAAGAACACAGCACUUCUAAUGUAAGCGAGAGAAAUCGUAUACUUCAGAAUGGUGGACACAUCAGCACAAAUGAACCAGAUGGAUUAGUAGAGGGGUUCCUGAAAACUACAAGAGGUCUUGGACAUCAUGGAGAUCCGGUACUGAAAAGAUCUGUUAUACCUGUACCUCAUACAAUAUCUGUCCCUAUUGAUGACACGUGCCAGUUUCUUAUUUUAGCUUCUAAUGGGCUUUGGGAGGUUUUGGACUACAAUCAAGUACAUACAUUAACUCUAACAACAUUCACUGAUUAUGUGAGAAUGCAUGAAAGUGUUCAACCAAAUGGAACUUCUUCAUCUAAGUGUCAGUAUUCAAUGCCCCUCACUGAAGACAACUUAAAUGACUCAAAGGCCAUUAAUAAUCUGCAAGAUGGAAUACUAUAUUCCAAUAAAGACAUUUUUCUCAAUGACUCAAAAGGCAAUCUGAAACAAAAUGAGCCAAAAUAUUCUGGGAAGAACUAUUUACAAAGUGAAAAUGGAUCUCAUAUGGAUGGCUACAAAAAUCAAGCUGAUCCAGAACUGUUUCUUUUCAGUAACAAUAAAGUAAAUACGCAGAAUGGAGAGGUAAAACAGUCCAGUUCUAGCAUACAAGGUGGCUCUGAAGAUCUGAAACAAUUUGAGGACAGAAAAGUUUAUCUAUGUAACAGCUUCCAGCCACAGUCACAGACCACAGAGCAAGAAACAGACACUGACUCUUUCCCUGCAACAGCUCCAAGUCCCGCCCAUAAGCAGCGGCAAGAGAAUGAAGUGGCAGUAGGGUCUGACGACAGGAAACAGCUCCCAGAAGAUACAAAAGCAUGCCUAUCUAAUAAUGACUCACGUCCACAUCUGGCAGAAAAAAUGGACUCCAAGGUAUUUUGUGACAAACCUGCAAGUCACGUUGGUGAAGAACUGCUAAAGACUGUAUCCCCAGUGGUCUCUAAACCACCAUCACUGUUUGAAGAAGAUGCAGAAACUUACCCAUCCAAUUAUGGACCACAAACUGCAGGAAGAGGCAGUUUGUGCCUCACCUCUGAGGCACUCUAUUACAAUGCAGCAAGCUACGUUAGUGAACAACUGGUAAAGACUGCACUAGCUGCAGGUUCAAGAGAUAAUAUUACUGUUUUGAUUGUACUUCUAAAUGGGUGUGAUAUGAUACCCAAUUACAUCAACACUUAAAAAUUUAUCACAGAAUAACUGGAGUGCUAUGGGGCAAAAAGUACAAGCUUACAUUUAGCUGUGUCAUGAAUUUACUUCUAAUCAUCUUAAAUGCUGAACCACAUAGUAAAUCAGACAUCUUGUCUGGAACUGUGCAAAUGCAAUAAAACCUUCUGAAACUCAAGAAGAAACAAUAAUAAAAGAACUUUUUUUUUUUUAAACCACUUUAUUCAAACCUGAGCACCUCGAUAUAAAACUAAACACUGGUGAACUGUCAUUUUCCUUGCUAUACCCAGAUUACUGCAAAUUUCAAAUCUGCACAAGUUAAGUUUCUGCUAUCAGUUCAACAUUUAAAUAGACUAAUUAAUCUCUUCUGACACACUUGGUAGAUUUCAUAUAAUGAAAAUAACUAAAAGAAUUAGUGCAAUAUACCGGACAGAUCAAAAUAAAAUGUACUUUGGAAAACAAAGUUGCAAAGUUCAUUACUGAGAGACAGCAGUACUUAUGUUACAGAUACAGGAGCAUCAUUUAUUACUGUUCUGGCCAUAAAGGAAGAACUUGAAACCCCCUUUGAUUAGGGGGAAAAAGUUAGAUUUAAGUAACUGUACAUUCUGUAUACCUUUAAGCAACUCUUAAAUAUUACAGAAAGUAUUAAACAAAUGUAGACUACAAUGCAGAGUACCUAUUUACAGUACAUUAAUAUCCAAAUUUAAAAUUAAGUUGGAUGUACAUAAUUGUUAGUGCACUAAUUUUUUUCCUUAGGGGAAAAACAAACUGUAAUGGCCAGCAAUGAUCAAAAAACCAAGAAAGAAGUCA